AUGCAAAUCUCACUUGCUUCCAUUCUACUCGUGCUUGGUGUCGUUUCAUUCAGCGUUGAUGCUGCCAGUCUUAUCAAAAAAAGAGAUGAUAGCAUGAAUUGCCCUUCUGGUGCUGGUGGCGCUGGAUCAUACUCUGAUCCUGGCAACUGUGAACGCUACUUUUAUUGCACAGCUGGCAACAGAGAUCCCAGCAUUCAAUACUGUCAAAGUGGCACAUUAUUCAGUGCUAGUUUAAGGCGCUGUGUUGUUGCCUCGCGUGCUGACUGUAGUCGUUGA